AUGGCGGCGCAGAAAGAAAACGGCGCAGCCGACUCGGAGCGCGCCGACGUGGCCAAGUGGUGGGCGUCGGUGCAGUCCAUCACCCGGACGGUGCUUCUGGACACCAAGACCGGCGGCGCUAGCCUGCUGCAGUGGCCCGUCGAGGAGGCUCCGCCGCGCCACACACCCGUUGGACAUCGUCGUCGCCGAGUGCCCGAGUUCACCCUGGACGCCCGCGCCGUGGACGACAGCGACGAGGCCGACGACCUCGAAGAACAUUACGACUGCGGCACGGGCGGCGGCGUCGCUGGGCGCGGCGCGCUCGGUCCCUUCGGCCUGCUGGUGCUCGCCGACGCCCGCCACGGCGGCGGCGGCGAGCGGACGGCCGUCUACUUCUACGUGUCCAGGCAGCAGGGGCGGCUGCGCGCGCACUGGUGCCACGACGAGACUCGCUCGUCGCGGGCCAACGACAUCGUCAAGCGCGUCGUCGGCAGCGCCGUGCCCGUGCUGGACGGCGAGGAGGAGGCCCUAGCUUGCGGUGAGGGCUUCGCUAUGGGCGGGAGGACGGCCGUGACGUCGCGCAUGUACCCGACGGAGGCCAUCUACGGUGCCGCCGGGGUGUACCUCUUCAACAACGGCACCGUGGGCAGCGUCACCGCCAGGAAGCUCGUCGUCCACGAGAUGGACUACUCCACCUAUAACCAAGACUUCGUCAUGCCCACCUGCAGACCUCCAAUGGAUUAUGGAUUAGUUAAUAGCUAG